UCACGCACCCGUCAACCCGUCAUCGUGUUUGACGUUAAUGUAAUUUUCCUCUUAAAAACUGAAUAAUAUUUAAUCAUGUUUAUGAAAUUGUACCACUAAAUAUUUGAGCGCGUGAAUUGUUUAAUUUUAUAAUUUCCAUCUCAACAUGAGUAAGGCAAAUCCGCUCGCUGGUUUAAUUGGUAAUUACGGCGACUCGGAUGAAUCGGACGAUGAGAUGGUUCACGUUUCAUACGGUGUACCUAGUAAAAAAAAUAACUAUAGUGCGACUACAGUAGGCCAGGAUUCUAAUCCCAACUAUGCUGGCAUCCAUCCUGCUCCAAUACAACAUUGUCCUUGGUCAGCAUGCUAUGACGAAAGCAGUGGAUUUACAUAUUAUUGGAAUCAGCAAACAAAUGCAGUAACAUGGGAAGCACCUCCGGAAUACUUACUUGCUUUGAAGAUAGCACAGCAACAGCUGCACAGUGCUGGUUCGGCAGAAGUGUCUGCUGAAGAGUGGCAAUUGUAUCAGCAGGUGCUGGCAGAGAAACAGAAUACACAGAACAAAAUGAUAGCCAAAGCUGCAAUAACUAAUCUAAACAAGUCUUCCAAAAAUGAUAGUCUUCCAGUAAAAGAUAAUAAUAAAUCUAAACCUGGUAAAAAGAGACCCACAAGCGAUGAUGAAGAUGAAAAAAUAGAAUUAAUAACAUCAUACCAUAACUCUGACUCGGAAUCUAAUGAUGAGGCAGAAAGUCCUACAAAGAUGCAACCGAUAGUACCAAAUAUACCAAAAAAAUCUGCUGUCAAAGUACAGAAGAAUGUUCACAAGAAGCAAAAGACUAAACUUCAUGUAGAAUAUGGACCGAGUAUGCCUCCUAAUAUGAACUACACGGUGCCCAUAGGACCUGAAUUACCACCAAAUUUGGAGAUCACACCUGAGUCAAAACCAAUGGAGAAAAAAUUGGAAAUUGUUACAAUUGAAAAAGAGCCUGAGAAAAAAUCACCGAUAUCAAUGGACAAUGAAGACAGUCAAGAUGAAAUUUCAUUGCUUAAGAAGUUGAAAGACAAAGCUAAAUUACUAGAAAAACUAGGUGGGGAAUUACCUUCGGAACUACAGCAAAUAAUAAAAGAUGAAAAUAACUUGUCCGCAACUGCCUCACCGAGCUCCGUGGAUGACAUAAACAAGAAAAACAUUGACAUUGAUGAUAUGUUAGAAGAGAUAGAGAAGACAGAAUUUCUUAAAACAAAGUCCAAAGAAACGAAAUCCAAUAAAAGCAGUAUUAAUAACUCUCCAAGAAGUGAUGGCCAUAGAACACCACCAUUAGAAGAAUUGAAAACACUGUUCCCAAGCACCAAAAACCACACCAAUGAACCGAUCCCUACAUUAUUUCCCAGUGUUGUCAAUAUUGAAGGGACAAGUAAACCUCCAAGUCCUGAACAAAAGCCUGUGUCGGAGAAAAAAGAAAACAUGUAUCUGAUGGAUGUCAACGAACCAAUAGAGAAUGUCAGCAGGAAGAAACUGAGAAUCUCAAAUUCAGUGUUGCCAGAAAGAAAAAUUGAAAAAAGCGAACCACCAGCUUACACAACAAAAUAUUCGCAAUAUAUUGAAGGAUUUUCUGAUCAAAGAACCGGUUUAGGGUUCAAAGAGGACGUCAAAUGUGACAGUCCAAAGAACACUAUAUGCUACGGCAACGGAUUGACAUUCACAAAGGGGGAGACAUUGAACGAGGGAAAACAGGAGGAAGACCUGCGAGACCUGACAGAUCUCAUCGGUGCCAAGCUGAAGUACCUGAACGAGCUGCAGCCGAGUGUGGUGACACCCGUGCAGGAGAUGCUCAUACAACUGCAGACGCUGGUGUCGGGGUGGUCGUGCGGCGGGGUGACUGCGGAGUACGUGCGGCGCUGGGCGGGGGGCGCGGGCGCGGCGCUGGCGCAGCACGAGGCGGAGGCGGCGCCGCCGGGCUGGACCUGCAGCUUCCAGAGGUCUGCGGGGAGGUACCGCUACCGGCGCGAGGCUGACGGCCUGCAGCAGUGGGAGUACCCCGCACUGGACAACACCGACAUGGACAUAUCCACCACCCCCCCACACUCCGCCCCUACUGACAAUAAGGAGGAGGCGAGUCCACCGCAACCUUCUUCGGCGUCGCCAGCCGCGCCCCUCUCGCCGCCUGCGCCGCCCUCACCUGCGCGUGCGGCCACGCCCCCGGCCCCGCCCCCGCCGCGCUGGCACGAGCCCCCGCCCCCCGGCUGUGACGACCCGCCCCCGCCCCCGCCCCCACCACCACAGUUCCUGUGUCAGGAUGCAAAGGUGGAGAUCUGCGAGGAGCUGAUGUGCUUCUACAACGACAUCGCGGAAUUAGAGAAGCAGUCGGAGCCCGUCACUGAGACCUCCGAGACCUCCGAGCCCCCCUCACCUCCAGACCACACCGCAGAGGCAAGGGACAGGGCAAGGGAGAGGGACAGGGAAAGGGACGCCAGAGCCCACAGGAAGAAAUCCAAGGUGAAAAUAUCAACAUCUAUGGGUUUGAAACACAAGUCAGUGUCGAAUCUGGUGGCCAAAUGGCAGCAGGUGGCAGACGAGAUCCACUCCGACUGAUGUCUGACUCCGCUGCCACCGAGUAGCCACAACAAAGCUGCACUCUUGUUGGAAUUUGCUAACAUAUUUGCAACUUUAUAAACAUUUUGCCUGGAAAUUAGUGUCUAUUACACGUUGAUGAUUAUAUCUGUUUAAAUGUAGUGUAAAAAUUACUUUAUCUGACAUAUUUAUAUGUAUUUUGUGUAAAAUUAACUUUUCAACAUAAGAAAGUGAUCAUAGAAUA